CGUCACUAUCAGCGCGUAUCACGUCUGGAAGAACAACUGGCCAUCCUAGACUAUCUUUGCGACUUGGCCGACGAGCAUAUGGUCACUGAGCUAUCCGAGCAGAAUAAUCACCCGAAAGAAGCCCAUUCGAAUCCUGAUGUCGUAUUGCUAGAUUUGUCCAACUCAGUCAGCGCCAGCAUGGAUGUGGACCCAUAA